CCCCCCCCCCCCCUUCCCCUCACCUCCCUCUGCUCCGCGCGUGCCCCGCGGGGUGGCCGGCUGGCCGUGAGGGACAGCCCGCGGGACGCUCGGGGCUGGUGCCUGGUGCACUGAUCUGCGGCCUGCGUGUCCCCGGUGGCGGGGCGAGGCGGCGUCGGCUUCGAGGAAUGGGCAGAUUGUAGAGGCAGUUUCUUUUGCAUAUGCACUUUCUGUCGUUGUUAUCACUUCUAAAGAGGCCAUAGUCUCCUCGAUUUUGUAUGCCUUGUUAUCUAGCAUUGGUUACCGUAGAUGUCAUUUCGUAGCAUAGUCCGUGAUGUUAGGGAUGGCUUCGGCAGCUUGUCCAGGCGCAGCUUUGAGGUGACCCUUGCAAGCAUCUAUGGCCUUACUGGGCAUCACAAAGGGAAGACACAGAGCUCAUCGCAUGAGCUUGAUGAUUCACCUUCCAUAAUCAGAGAAAGCCGCUGGGCAAGCCUACCUCCUGAACUCAUCCGUGAUAUCAUACGGAGACUCGAGGCUGAUGAGAGCACCUGGCCAGCACGGAAGCAUGUUGUUUGCUUUGCAGCUGUUUGUAGGACAUGGAGGGAGAUGUGUAAAGAGAUUGUGUUGAGCCCGGAGUUUUGUGGGAAGCUCACCUUCCCUGUGUCUCUAAAGCAGCCUGGUCCUCGAGAAGGAAAUACAAUGAUUCAAUGUUUUAUUAAGAGGAAUAAGUCAAAAUCCACCUACCAGCUGUACCUGUGCCUUAGUAAUGUUGUUACUUCAGAAAGUGGGAAAUUCCUCUUAUCAGCUAGAAGACACCGCAAGACCACAUGCACAGAGUACACCAUAUCAAUGGAUUCUGGCAACACCUCAAGAUCGAGCAGAACCUACAUUGGAAAAAUAAGGUCGAACUUCCUUGGCACAAAAUUUUUAAUUUAUGAUACACAGCCCCCCUAUAAUGGGGCUGUAGUUCCUCCUGUUGGAAGGACCAGCAGGAGGUUCAACUCCACAAAAGUCUCUCCGAAGUUGCCUUCUGUUAGUUACAACAUCGCUCAGGUGUCAUAUGAGCUAAACGUCCUUGGCACAAGAGGUCCAAGGCGGAUGCGUUGCAGCAUGCACUCCAUACCCGCCUCAUCAGUAGAGCCAGGUGGCAUAGUACCUGGACAGCCAGAGCAGAUUGUACCUCGAGCUCUGGAGGACUCAUUCCGCAGCACAGCUUCCUUCUCGCAGUCAUUCCGUAGCACCACCUCAUUGUCCAAGUCAAUCAUGGACUCAUCCAUGGAUUUCAAUAGUGCUCGCUUCUCCGACAUAGCUGGCAGCGGCAGCAGUGCUCGCUUCUCAGGCAUUGGCAGCAGCGCUCGCAUCUCAGGCAUUGGCAGCAGCGCUCGCAUCUCGGGCAUUGCUAGUGGUAGAUUGGAUCAUGACGAGGACAGUGAAGUCAAGGAGAGGCCACUUGUGCUUCGUAAUAAGCCACCUAGGUGGCAUGAACAGCUGCAGUGCUGGUGCCUCAACUUCCGUGGCCGUGUGACAAUCGCCUCGGUGAAGAACUUCCAGCUGAUUGCGGCAACAACCCCACCACCUGCAGGAGCUCCAACUCCCUCGCAGCCUGCUCCGUCAGAUCCUGACAAGGUGAUUCUACAGUUCGGAAAAGUGGCAAGGGAUAUGUUCACGAUGGACUAUCGCUACCCUCUCUCGGCUUUCCAGGCGUUUGCUAUUUGUCUGAGCAGCUUUGAUACAAAAUUGGCCUGUGAAUAAAUGGAGAACAAAGGUAAAAGAGAACACAGAUGCCUGGCAUUACUCCCCUGGUAUCUCUCUGCAUUUCAGUCGUGUUGUCUUGGUUGUAAUUGUGCUUGCUUGCUGUAGCCAUGAAGUGGACAUAUGUGGAUGCAUGUAUUGUUGGCCCCCUCCCUUCCAAGUGAUUACGCGUUCCAUUUGGGACCAUCUGUAAUAUACUCCACUUUCAGUGGCAUUGCCACAUGAUAAGAAAGUUCCCAUUGGUGAUUGAACCUGCAUGAUUU